AGCUCGCGGAAAGUGACAAGCGAAGGUCUGAGGGGCGGCAGAGGCGGCGGCCGCCCGCGCUCGCUCGCUUCCCCGCCCGCCGAGAGAGCGCAGCCCCGAGGGCGCGGCGGCGUGGGACGUGGUCGGCGGCGCGGGAGGAAGACGCGGCCCCGCGGCGGUACGCGGGCCGGCCCGGGACGCCGGCGCUGCGCGGUGGAUGUGGGAGUAGCGCGGCGCCGGCUCAGGAAUGCAGCAGCCGGGCGGCGGGGACGGGAGCCUCUUGCUGCUCCCGCUGCUCCUGCUGCUGCGUGCGGGCAGCCGGGCGGAGCUGGGGGACGCCACGCAAGGAGCAAAUACAUCAGUUGUUGCUGAUUUCAUGCCUACAUCAUCAUGGAACAUCUCAAGUGAAUUAGAUAAAGAUUACUUCUUGACGCUUGAUGAACCUAUGAAUAACAUAACUACCACCCUUGGCCAGACUGCAGAGCUGCACUGUAAAGUCUCUGGCAAUCCUCCUCCGACAGUCCGUUGGCUGAAAAACGACGCGCCAGUUGUCCAAGAACCCCGGAGGAUCUCCUUCCGUGCCACAAGCUAUGGGUCUCGACUGCGAAUAAGGAACCUUGACACUACAGAUACCGGCUACUUCCAGUGCGUUGCGACUAACGGCAGAAAGACUGUUUCUACAACUGGUGUGCUGUUUGUAAAAUUUGGUCCCCCGCCAACAGCAAGUCCAGGAUCAUCUGACGAGUAUGAAGAGGACGGUUUUUGCCAGCCCUACAGGGGGAUUGCUUGUGCACGAUUUAUUGGAAAUCGAACCAUUUAUAUGGAGUCUUUGCAUAUGCAAGGUGAAAUAGAAAAUCAGAUUACAGCUGCCUUCACCAUGAUUGGCACUUCCAGCCAUUUGUCGGAUAAAUGCUCCCAGUUUGCUAUUCCUUCGCUGUGCCAUUACGCCUUCCCCUACUGCGAUGAGACUUCAUCAGCUCCCAAGCCACGAGACUUGUGCCGCGAUGAAUGUGAAAUUCUGGAAAAUGUCCUGUGUCAGACAGAGUAUAUUUUUGCAAGAUCUAAUCCCAUGAUUCUGAUGAGAUUAAAGCUGCCUAACUGCGAAGAUCUUCCCCAGCCAGAUAGCCCCGAAGCUGUCAAUUGUAUCCGGAUUGGGAUUCCAAUGGCAGAUCCCAUAAAUAAAAAUCACAAAUGCUACAACAGCACAGGAGUAGAUUACCGGGGGACGGUGAGCGUGACCAGGUCGGGGCGGCAGUGCCAGCCGUGGAACUCGCAGUACCCCCACACCCACACCUUCACCGCCAUCAGGUACCCCGAGCUCAACGGGGGUCACUCCUACUGCCGCAACCCGGGGAACCAGAAGGACGCCCCGUGGUGCUUCACCUUAGAUGAGAACUUUAAGUCUGAGCUUUGUGACGUCCCGGCAUGUGAUUAUAAGGAUUCCAAGGAAAAGAAUAAAAUGGAAAUCCUGUAUAUCCUGGUGCCGAGUGUUACUAUUCCCCUGGCCAUAGCCUUACUCUUCUUCUUCAUCUGCAUCUGCCGCAACAAUCAGAAGUCAUCCUCCCCCCCUGUUCAAAGACAGCCUAAACAUGUAAGAGGACAAAAUGUGGAGAUGUCAAUGCUCAAUGCCUAUAAACCAAAGAGUAAGGCUAAGGAGUUGCCGCUGUCUGCUGUUCGUUUCAUGGAAGAACUGGGUGAAUGUGCUUUUGGCAAGAUCUAUAAGGGACAUCUCUACCUUCCAGGCAUGGAUCACGCUCAGCUCGUUGCUAUCAAGACGCUAAAAGACUUUAACAACCCCCAGCAGUGGGCAGAGUUCCAGCAAGAAGCGUCGCUCAUGGCCGAGCUCCAUCACCCUAACAUCGUUUGCCUCUUAGGUGUUGUGACCCAGGAGCAACCUGUCUGCAUGCUUUUCGAGUACAUGAACCAAGGAGACCUGCAUGAGUUUCUCAUCAUGCGAUCGCCGCAUUCGGAUGUUGGGUGCAGCAGCGAUGAGGAUGGGACUGUAAAAUCCAGCCUGGACCAUGGGGAUUUCCUGCAUAUUGCAGUCCAGAUUGCAGCAGGGAUGGAGUACUUAUCAAGUCAUUUUUUUGUCCAUAAAGAUCUCGCCGCUCGUAACAUUUUAAUUGGAGAACAACUUCACGUGAAAAUUUCAGACCUUGGACUCUCGAGAGAAAUCUACUCGGCAGAUUAUUACAGAGUUCAAAACAAGUCUCUCUUGCCAAUUCGCUGGAUGCCACCGGAGGCGAUUAUGUAUGGCAAGUUCUCUUCCGAUUCAGAUAUUUGGUCAUUUGGAGUUGUUUUGUGGGAAAUAUUCAGCUUUGGACUUCAACCGUAUUAUGGAUUUAGUAAUCAAGAAGUCAUAGAGAUGAUCAGGAAAAGACAGCUGCUGCCGUGCUCUGAAGACUGUCCUCCCAGAAUGUAUAGCCUGAUGACAGAGUGCUGGCACGAUCUGCCAUCCCGGAGGCCACGAUUUAAAGAAAUCCAUGCCAGGCUGCGCUCAUGGGAGGGUCUUUCAAGUCACACUAGUUCUACUACCCCCUCCGGUGGGAACGCCACCACUCAAACGACUUCCCUCAGCGCAAGUCCAGUUAGUAAUCUCAGUAAUCCUAGGUACCCUAACUACAUGUUUCCAGCACAAGGUAUACCACAAGGCCAAAUCGCCGGGUUCAUCGGACCACCGAUACCUCAAAACCAGCGAUACAUCCCGAUCAACGGGUACCCGAUUCCACCAGGAUAUGCUGCUUUCCCAGCUGCCCACUAUCAACCGCAAGGUCCACCCAGGGUAAUCCAGCACUGUCCUCCUCCAAAGAGUCGUUCUCCGAGCAGCGCCAGCGGGUCGACUAGCACAGGUCACGUCACUAGUUUGCCGUCUUCGGGAUCCAACCAGGAAGCAAAUAUUCCUUUGCUAUCUCAUAUGUCAAUUCCUAGUCAUCCAGGGGGAAUUGGUAUUACGGUUUUUGGAAAUAAAACUCAAAAACCAUACAAAAUUGACUCAAAGCAGUCUUCCCUAUUAGGAGACUCCAGCAUCCAUGGACCUAAUGAAUCUAUGAUUUCAGCUGAAUUGUAAAUAAGCGAGGCCUUUGUAAAUAUAACUAUUUACAAUACAAACUAGAAAGUCGUAGAAAAGAUUUAUAUUCAAAUAUUUUAUUAAAGAUUCUUCUGGUUGUUUAACAGACAUUGCAGCAAGUAUCUUCUGUGAAGUUUAACUGCUUAACAGGAUGGGCAGACUCAACCAGACAAAGAUCAUUGUGGUAUGAAUACUCAGCUUUGUCAAUGGACACAUUGUUUCUUUAAGUGCCACCGACAAUUCAAAAAGGGGACGGGGGACUUUUUUUUUUUUAAAUAAAAACAUCUUAUCAUAUGCUUUUUCACAGCUUCUUAAACCUCUGAUGUGGUUUAAAUCACAGAAACUUUUUUAUACUGAAAACAUAUUUUAAUAUUUGUCUCUUUUUUAGGAGAUGCAAAUAUUCAGAGAUCUACUGGGUGUGCAAUUUCAGUUCCAAUAGCUAGUUAAAAUAUUUGUAAAUUUUGCAGUCAAGGAUUAUGUUUCAAAUAUGUGAUCUGAGAGCUGAAUAAAUUACUUCAGGUAGGAUUUUGGUCUUUCGUUAAGUUGGGAGUCUGAGUUCAGAUUCAGACCAAAAAAAAAAGUCAUUUAUAUGACAGCACAAUAGCUUGAGUUACCAACUUGCAGUCUACAAAAAUCAUCUGCUAUUGGCUGCUAAAGAUGGCUGGAGUUCUAAGAAAUUGCCUUAAAGGAAAUGAAAUUAAAGUGUUUUAAUUUCAGAACUUGAAUCAGCUUAUUCAAAGAUAACAUUUCAUAAUCUAGUAGUUAAAGCAGAAAUUUUAUAUCCUUUUGUUGCUAUGCAACUGUUUAAUGGAAAAGCUCCAAACCACAAUUUUAUAUAUGACAAUCAGUUUUCCCAGGAAUAUUUAUUGUUUCAGAUCAAUGUGUAAUUUCAGUGACUAUGACUCCAGUAACCCUGAAAAAAGGGGAACUCACAUUCCAUUAGGCAGCAAAUCCAUUGAUAGCAAUUUUGUCUGUCAAUUCUAAUAAUGUGAACUAGGGUUAACUUUCACCUUAGAAAUAUGACAUUUGUAUAGUUACUAAAAAUUCAUUCAGGUAUAAGCAAUCUAGAUUAUUCAUUUGAAACCACUUUAAUGAGUUACAAAAGUGCUGUGUACAUUACAGUUUUUCACAGACUUUUUUGUACUGAAUAGUAUUUUUAUUGUACACGGAACAAAAACAAUCUUUUGCUCAGUUGACAAUGUUGUAUAAUAUGACUUUAUUUUUAUCUUUUUGCACAAAAGUGUGAUAAUGUUUUGUACAGCAGAAGUGAAAAUACAUCUCUGCAUUUUAUAUCUUGGUCUGUUUCUUUUUAUUUUUAACCUGAUGUAGAUGUUCUUGAAAUAUAUUAUGGUGAUAUUCAGCCACUACCUUAUACAAAUAUUUUUCUUUGUUUUCACUGCAUGCGUUUAAUCACUGUAUUACUUGAUGAUUGAUUUAUUAAUUAUGGGCAUUUCAAUUAGGCAAGCAUGAAAAUGUAAUGAAAAGGCUAUUUUAUAAUUAAGAUAUGUGCAUUUUUGUAUUUCACAUGCCAGAGAUGAUAUUAAACACUGAUUAUUUUAUGCUGCUGUUUAUUAAAACAUUGUUUUAACAUAAA